AUGCAAAAUUUCCUAAUGUACGUACGAAAGGUAAAAUAGAUUGAAUAAACCACGUACACUUGUGAUUACGUGUGGCCUUGUCAGAAUCAAACAAAUAUAAACAAAAACAAUGAGUACACCAAUUAGAAGGGCUUUGUUCUCCAAAGUUAUCUCUCCACUAUCAAAGUCACCAAACGAACCCAUCGGCACAGUUAAAAACAGGCCUAUAUCAGCUCGAUAUCUAAAUUUCGAAGGAUCUCCAAAAUGCAAAAAAUUGAAACCUCCAAGUUUGGCACAAGAAGUAAACGAUGUCUGCAUAAAAGUACCCAGUUGUAAGAAAUUGCUGAUAAAUACUCCGAAUAAAGACCAUUUGUUACUCAGCGGGAUUAGUUCGCCUAAGAACGUGAAUGUUUUAGGUAAGGGUGCGUUCGGGACUGUUGUUAGUGGAGUUUACAAAGGUAGAGUUGCCGUAAAAGUAGUUAAAUUGCGUACACAUCAGGAUGGUGAAUUGAGAGAAAAGAAUGCGCUCGGAUUGAAUCAUAAGAAUGUCAUAAAAAUAAUCGACGUAAUCUGUAAAGCGAAUACAAAUUACGGCGUGGUUUUAAUGGAGUACCUGGGCAGGUGUCGGCAUUUACAAGACAUACUAGAUGAUCGUGCCGUUAGUUUAAGUUCUGCAACGGUUAUUAAAUAUGGGUUGGAUAUUUGUGCAGGAUUACACUAUUGCCAUUCGAAUAACGUGCUGCACUUAGAUUUGAAGCCUGCCAAUGUGCUUUUGUGCGAUGGUGACAUUUGCAAACUGUGCGAUUUUGGAAAUUCUCAGCGAGUUGAUUGUUCGAAUGAAGAUUUUUGUUUGGGCACAAUAUUGUAUGCGGCACCGGAACUAUUAAUGGGAAGAGUACCCACUGCCAAAUGUGAUAUUUAUUCUUUUGGAGUUCUCUUAUGGCAGAUGAGGUAUCGCGAGAUACCUUAUUCCAAUUUACAUGGAAAUGAAGUUGUGGUUUACAAAGUUGUGAAGUUUCAUCAACGUCCAAAAGCCGCAGAAGAAGAUGCUACAGGUACAGUCGAUGAAUAUCGUGCGAUUUAUACAAACUGCUGGUCGGCAGAUCCUAAGGAUAGACCGACUACACUAGAAACUGCUGAAAGAUUAAACAAACUUAGUGCAGAUCGGUUUAAUUUCGAAUAGCGAAAUAGAUCCGUGUAUAUAUCAUUAGUUUAAGAUUUUUGUCUAAUUAGUCAAGUGUAAUUAUUGCGCAAUACAUCUUUUUAGUUUA